GAACGUGUCACGUUAAAAUGGCCAACCUCGACGCCGACUUCCCUUCCUUAUCUCAAUCACUCCUCCUCGGUCGGAGUGGUCAUGCUUAUACUGUACUGUCCGAGAACCCCACGAGCCGCAACGGCAACAAGUGUGAGCAGUCUAUCAAAAAGAAGGCCACCGUGGCCGCUGUAGUCCUCGCCGUUCUCACCAGCUUCUACCUCUACUACGUCAAUGCCUAUAGAGACCGGCCCCAGUCGCUCCAGCUGAACUCCUCCGCUGCCUUCCUCCUCAACAACGACUUCUCCUCGGUGGGCUUUGAGCACCAGGAGUACCUUGCCGGAGCAGGGCGGAAGUCGCAUCUCCUUUUACGGGAGCCUCGACUGUGUGAUGCCAACGUGAAGCAGUACUCUGGUUACUUCACAAUUGAUGACAAGCUCGACAAGAAGUACUUCUUUUGGUUCUUCGAAAAGCGCAAUCAACAGCCUACUGAGGCUGCUCCUACAACCAUGUGGCUCACCGGGGGUCCCGGAUCGAGCUCUAUGAUCGCGUUACUAGCAGAAAAUGGUCCUUGUCGUGUAAACGAGGAUGGAUCUAAUACUGUUCAUAACGAGUACAGCUGGACCCAGAAGACCAACAUGCUAUGGGUGGACCAGCCACCUGGUACGGGGUUCUCAACAGGCUCAUAUGAUACCUCUGAGGUUGAGAUUGCUGAGGACAUGUAUCACUUCUUGCAAGCAUUCUUUCAUCGAUUCCCGCAGUACAACAAGAAAUUUCACAUCACUGGAGAGUCCUACGGCGGCCACUACGUUCCAGUGGUGACAGCCAAGAUCAUUGAUGAAAAUAAGAGGCUUCUGAGUUCACCAUCGAGUUCGCUGCUGGGCAGCCAUCGUCGUCCCGUUUACAUAGACAUCAAAGGUAUGGCUGUUGGUAACGGUUUGACAGUACCGGCCGAGCAAGUGAAAUGGUAUUCGAAAAUGGCGUACAAUUCUGGUACUGCACCUUCUAUUGUAAACUACAUUACUUACCAACAACUGAACGAUGCAGGACUCGAGACCGUUGAUCUUAUCGAUAAAUGCUAUAAGCAUCUUGACGUCAACAACGCGAAUUCGCCCUUGCCAACUGCGUGCCAGGAGAUGAACUACGUUUUCAAUGUUAAGCUUUUGAGUAAAGCCCUCGCCUCAGGAGCUAACGAGUACGACAUGCGACUGAACCACCCCUAUAAUUUCUCACAUUUGGACCGCUUUUUGAAUCGCCCCGACGUUCGUGCUGAACUCGGUGCCGUCAUCAAGCCGUGGAGUGAGAGCAAUACAGGGGUGUGGACGGCCUUGGCCCCUCGAGAUUUCCUGGCCGACUACACUUCCGCUGUCCAGACAGUACUGGCCUCGGGGGCGAAGGUUUUGAUAUAUGCUGGAGAUCAAGAUUUUAUAUGCAACUGGUUAGGGAACAAAGCAUGGACUGAGAAAAUAGAAUGGAAAUUCAGUAGAGAUUUUGCGCAGCAACCCUUGUUAGAAAUGAAUGCUCAAAAAGCCGUCCCAGAAGCAUCAGGAAAUGGUGAAGAUGCGGAGAUCGUGAAGGUUCCUGUUGGCUUGUAUAAGGGCUUCAAGAACUUUGCAUUUCUGCGUGUUUUUGGUGCUGGUCAUAUGGCACCUAUGGACAAACCUCUCGAAACACUUCAUAUGUAUGAAACCUUCAUCGAUGGACACCUUUUCCAAUCGUAUGAGGAUUAGAUAGCCUCUGUUGUUGUCAUGAUAUCUGUGCUGGAAUAUCAUCAGCAAUGACGGAGGUUUUGAUAUAGAGUGUAUAUAUACACAGGAGAUCACUUCUCCGCAGUUCUGUUAUCAGUGUGGCAUAAUGUAAGGAGUAGAUUGUCUUUUAUCAUGGCAAUAGUGUCGUAGCCAUCAAUUCUGUUGUUUGUCUAUUACCUUUUAACCAUAUUGCAUCUCCUCACGUUUACAGAUGUGAGCAGUGCAUUAAUGAUGUA